AUGAAAUCGAAAGUGUGGAGUGAGGCAAGAGUCUAUAGUGAUGCCAACGAGAUUCGUGGUCAAAGAUACUGGGACUAUGAAAAUACAUCAAUAGAAUGGAAGGCUAAUAACUCACAGUACGAAGUUGAAUGCAAAGUUGGCCGUGGUAAAUAUAGUGAAGUUUUCCAAGGCGUACAGUUAUCCACGAGAAAUAAGAUUGUCAUUAAGAUGCUAAAACCUGUGAAGAAGAAGAAGAUUAAGAGAGAAAUUACCAUACUUGCAAACCUCUCGAAUGAGAAGAAUCCGCCAACUGCGCAACCUUACGAUGAGGCAAAAUAUUACACAAACAGAAGAGAAGAAGUACUGAAAUAUGCGAGAGAUAAAGUAUAUGACUUACCUCAUAACGGGCAUGAGAAUAUUAUAACAUUGUUAGAUGUGGUCAGAGAUCCCAUAUCCAAGACACCUGCAUUGAUUUUUGAACAUAUCGACAAUACGGAAUUCCGUAGGUUGUAUGCUUCAUUUUCGGAUCUUGAUAUUCGUUAUUAUAUGUUCGAGCUUUUGAAAGCUUUGGACUACUGCCAUUCGAUGGGUAUUAUGCAUAGAGACGUCAAACCACACAAUGUAAUGAUUGACCAUAAGCAACACAAAUUGAGACUAAUCGAUUGGGGUUUGGCUGAAUUUUAUCAUCCAUCGAUGGAAUACAAUGUCCGCGUUGCGUCAAGAUUUUUCAAGGGCCCAGAACUUCUAGUUGAUUAUAGAAUGUACGAUUACUCGCUAGACUUAUGGUCAUUUGGAGCAAUGUUAGCAUCAAUGGUUUUUCUGAAAGAGCCUUUCUUCUAUGGGUCGAGUAAUACUGACCAGCUAGUCAAGAUUGUACGCGUCUUGGGUAGUGAUGAUUUCGAAAGAUAUUUACAGAAAUAUCAGAUAACACUCCCAGAUGAGUUUAUUGAUAUGGAUCAAUACAUCAGAAGACCAUGGCAGAAAUUCGUCAAUGAUUCCAACAAGCACCUAUGUGGAAACGAUGAUAUCAUUGAUUUAAUCGAUAAUCUUCUUCGUUACGACCAUCAAGAAAGAUUUUCUUGUAAAGAAGCUAUGGCUCAUCCAUGGUUUGCUCCAAUUAGAAACAACGAAUACACAUUAUAA